UCACGUCGCCUCAUUAAAGCUCGCAAGAAACUCGGAGAGAGAUUUUUAGAGAGAGAAAGUGGAUAGAUAGAUAGAUAUAAGAUAGAGAGAGAGAGCCACUGCUAAAUCCCGAGGAGAGAGAAAGUGAGAGAGGGAAUGUACGGAAUCAAGAAGUACCAUUACUCGAAGAAGAGGAAGAAGCGAAGGAGCAAGAGAGAAACAAAACAAGCAGCGAGCAGCUGUCGAUCGCGAGAAUGCUACAGAUUUAGAAAGCUUUCGACAUAUUCGCGGCUUCUAUAAACGGCAUUAAUCUAAUCGCUUUGCUGAUUUUAGGAAAGUAAUUUAGGUUUUGGGAGUGAAUUAAAUUAAAUUAGCCCCACCUACCUUUGUUCUCUCUACUCCGUUAGGGUUUUUGUUUGGAUCCGGAGCAGAUGAGCUGCUUCUCUUGCUUCUAUCCUCGUCGGAGGGAGAUUGCGAGCAGCAGGAUCGAGGAUGGUGAUGCCAGUGGAUCGGAUCCUAGAAUUGACGACAAUUCGCCUUUAGAGAAACUGAAGAAGCCACAUUUUCAUGGGGAAACCAAUGACUGUGCUCGGAGCUUCUAUUUCCGAGAGCUGGCGGCCGCAACGAAAAACUUUAGGGAGGCCAAUCUAAUUGGAGAAGGGGGUUUUGGUAGGGUUUAUAAGGGGAAGUUGGAAUGGGGAACGGAAGUGGCAAUUAAGAAGCUAAACAUAGAAGGGGUUCAAGGGAGCAAAGAGUUCUUGGUAGAGGUUCUCAUGCUGAGUAUGUUGCGGCAUCCCAAUCUUGUUAAUUUGCAUGGAUACUGUGCUGAAGGAGAUGAGAGGCUCUUGGUUUAUGAGUACAUGCCGCAGGGUAGCUUGGAAGAUCAUUUAUUUGAUUUAACUCCUGAGAAACAGCCACUUAAGUGGAAUACCAGAGUUAAGAUUGCUGUUGGGGCUGCGAAAGGACUAACAUAUUUGCAUGAUGUAGCAAAUCCUCCUGUUAUAUACCGUGACAUGAAAGCAGCGAAUAUAUUGCUGGAUGAUAACUUCAACCCAAAGCUCUCUGAUUUUGGACUUGCUAAACUUGGACCUGUUGGUGACAGAACUCAUGUUUCAACAAGAGUGAUGGGAACUUAUGGCUAUUGUGCUCCAGAUUAUGCUAUGAGUGGUAAGCUUACCCUAAAGUCAGAUGUUUACAGCUUUGGUGUGCUGCUUUUGGAGCUGCUCACUGGGAGAAGAGCUUUCGACUCUUCCAAGAUAGCAGCAGAACGGAAUCUAGUAACAUGGGCUCGUCAAUUUCUCAACGAAAGCAGGAGAUUCCACCUUUUGGCCGACCCAUUGCUUCAAGGCCGUUUCCCUGUACGUGCCUUUUGCCAACUAGCUGUGGUCGCCUCUAUGUGCCUCCAGGAACACCCUCAUGUACGCCCAAUCAUCGCUGAUGUGGUUGUUGCACUUGAUCACGUGGCAUCUCAGCCCUACAUCCCAAAAGUAAGCCGCUCGCCUUCUCCAUCGUCAUCUCCUUCAUUGCAAACUUCUGGUGCUUCCAACAGAAGAAUCAGAAGUAGAAAAGCUGCAUGAAUGGGGAAAACUAAAUACAUAGGUAUACAAAGGGGCAGUUGUCAUGACAUUAUAGUCUUCUAUUUAAACAGAAAGAUAAAACGCAAACAAUGCAAUGACCAUUACAUGCAAAGAGAGAUCAAGUCUUUGUGUCUGCAUGUACUCUCUGGCUGCGCUUUUUUAACUCUCUGUGUGUUCAUGUUUAUAUCCAACAGAUUCCGUGUUAUAGUCAUAUAUAUGUUUACAAUCUAUAUAUUAUAUAGAUCAUGCGUCAACAAUUGUUUCU